CAGGGCUAUAAAGGGGCGGGCUGGGCUCGCACGGCUCUGUACGCUCCGAGCGCCCCGGAAAGAUGCAGGCGCCACCUGUGGCAGAGAGCCGCCAGCACGCCAAGAAGGGUAUUCUAGAACGGCUAGAUGCUGGAGAAAUUGUGAUUGGAGAUGGAGGCUUUGUGAUAGCUCUUGAAAAGAGAGGUUAUGUAAAAGCUGGACCCUGGACUCCAGAAGCUGCAGUAGAAUAUCCAGAAGCAGUUCGUCAACUCCAUCGGGAAUUCCUCAGAGCUGGAUCAAAUGUUUUACAGACAUUCAGCUUUUAUGCCAGCGAAGAUAAAUUAGAGAAUAGGGGCAACUACGUAGCUGAGAAAAUAUCUAGCCAGAGUGUGAAUGAAGCUGCUUGUGACAUUGCAAAGGAAGUGGCUAAAGAAGGAGAUGCUUUGGUAGCUGGAGGAGUUAGUCAAACACCAUCAUACCUGAGUGGCAAGGAUGAAGUUGGGGUUAAAGCAAUUUUUCAAAAGCAGUUAGAGGUCUUUGUCAAAAAGAAUGUGGACUUCUUAAUUGCAGAGUAUUUUGAACAUGUUGAAGAAGCAGUAUGGGCCGUUGAAACCUUAAAAGUAUCUGGAAAACCAGUUGCAGCUACCAUGUGCAUUGGUCCAGAGGGAGACUUGCAUGGUGUACCACCUGGAGAAUGUGCUGUCCAACUGGUUAAAGCUGGUGCCUCUAUUAUUGGAGUGAACUGCCAUUUUGACCCAGAGACUUGCCUGAGAACUGUAGAGCUCAUGAAAAAGGGCUUAGAGUCUGCUAAAUUGAAAGCACACCUGAUAUCUCAACCACUUGCUUACCAUACUCCUGACUGUGGGAAGCAGGGAUUCAUUGAUCUCCCAGAAUUUCCUUUUGCUCUGGAACCAAGAAUCGUUACCAGAUGGGAUGUUCAGAAAUAUGCACGAGAAGCCUAUAAUCUAGGGAUUCGAUACAUUGGAGGCUGCUGUGGAUUUGAGCCUUAUCACAUCAGAGCAAUAGCUGAGGAGCUGGCCACUGAAAGAGGAUUUUUGCCACUGGCUUCUGAGAAACAUGGUAGCUGGGGUAGUGGUUUGAGCAUGCAUACCAAACCCUGGGUCAGAGCAAGGGCAAGAAAAGAGUACUGGGAAAAUUUGUUGCCUGCUUCAGGCAGGCCAUACUGUCCUUCAAUGUCAAAGCCAGAUGGCUGGGGAGUGACCAAAGGAACUGCAGAGCUGAUGCAGCAGAAAGAAGCAACAACUGAACAACAGCUGAAAGAGCUCUUUAAGAAACAGAAGUUCAAGUCCAAUAUAGUAGCUUAAGUAUUAGCCUGAAAUAUGUUUGGAAGACUUCCAAAUGUGCUUGUGUCACAUAAAGGAACUUAUGAAGACAGAUAUUCACGUAUCAGUGUACAUGUCAUGAAAGAAGUUAAAUGCAGGAAGAAUGUGAUAGCAAAUGAGAUAUCAAAUUUUGAGAAUAAAACACAUUUCUUUAAGACCA